UUUACUAAGCACGUGAAAGUGUAAGUGGAAAAAGACAGCUUCAAUAAUUGCUCAAAAACUAUUGAUCAGGGCAAAUGUAAACAUUGAAAAGCAAGAGGAUGGGAGAUGGAGGUGUUCGACAAGUCGCAAAGAUUUCUUUAGCGUCAGCUAGGUCUUGUCUUUCGAAAAAAAGAUAUGGUCGAGCUUUCGCCAACUUUUUGUUGUUUCUGAAACUUGUUCCUGAAAAUCACGACGAUGUACUUGAGGAUUUCGUUAUGACCAUGCGACUUUGGACUGAAAGUCUCGAAAAGGAUGGCAGAAUUGAAGAUUUAUUUAAGUGUUUCGACCAGGCGUGCGAAAUUCUACCUGACAAUGAAUCAAUAUUAAACAAUAUUGGCGCACAAUUAUUCAGACUUGGCUAUGCAGAAGAAGCAGUCUUAUACAUAAGAAAGUCACUCCAUCUGAACCCAGACUAUUUAGCUGCAAGAGAAAAUCUUGAAAACAUUUGCAGCCACCUGGUUGAAAGAUGGCAUUUUCGCAUGCUCAAUGAUGUACGUAGGAAUUGUGCAUAUAGGUCUGCCAUCCAAACUGCUGUCCAAUCUGGUUAUCACACUGUUCUGGACAUAGGCACGGGAUCAGGAAUACUGAGUCUGUUUGCAAUAGAAUCUGGAGCAGGUGAUGUGACAGCAUGUGAGAAAUCAAAGACAAUGUUUGAAAUUGCACAGGAUGUGUUCCGGGAGAAUUCCGCUCUCCAUAAAGUACGUCUUGUGCGUGAAUUAUCUACAGACUUGACCAUUCCAAAGGAUCUGCCAGGGAGGGUAUCACUGGUGGUGACAGAGACAUUUGAUGCUGCUUUAUUUGGAGAACGUAUUAUAUCUACAUUGCAACAUGCCUGGAAGGAUCUUCUUAUGCCCCCAACAUCUAGACUGCGCUCUAAAGUGAUACCAAGUGGAGCAACCCUAUACAUAUGUGCAGUAGAAUCCGAAGCCAUCCGCACACAGAACAGGUUCCUGUACCCUGGCUUACACAAAUUAGAUAUGGGAGGUAUUGGGAUAGUAUGUACCACUGGUACUUCUGCUGACGAACCUUACACCACAGAGAACCUCGCUCGACUCCGAAGGGGACACAAGAUGUUGUCAGAACCUUCACUUCUGACUUGCAUCAACUUCAAUGAUCCCCUUGAGCUGGACAUAAUAGCCAAUGGAAUUGAAUGGCAGGCCACUCUACCAAUCACAACCAUAGGAAAGUUAGAUGCCAUUGUGUUCUGGUUUGACCUUCACCUUGAUGAUGAAAUCUCUAUAACAACAAACCCUUCCAUGGAGAACUGCUGGGAGCAAGCAAUAUUCCCUGUACUUCCAUCCCAUUUCCAUCAAAACUGCUGUGGAAUGCUUCAUGACACACAACAUGGUUUUAUAAUUCGAGAGGGAGACUCUCUUCAUGUGAAGUUCAGUCUGGGGGAAAAUUGUCUGUGGUUGGUGUCUUGUCACUGUUGCCAUGACAGUGAUGAAUCGGUGCCCUACAUGCCCUUGGCAGACUUCAUCUGUCCACCUCAGGUCACAGAACAAUACAUGCUGGACAGGACAGAAAUAGACAAACUUAACAAUUUGUAUUACAAUAAAAUGUUCUGUCAAGCUAUAGACAAACACGUUUCACUUCUCAAUGGUGCCGACAGCCUCAGAAUCCUGGAUUUCUGUGGUGGAUUAUCUCCCCUUUGUUUACAAGCACUGAAGGAUAGUCAUCAUCUAGGUAUUGUAAUAGCUAGAGAAGGGCUGCAAGACCUUAUAUGGAAGCUGAUGUCUGUAAAUGGCAUAGAAAAUGACAGACUUCUGCUUGUGGAACCUUCAAAUCUGUCAGAGGUUGAGGGAGAGUGUCAACUCCUCUUGUGCGACAUCAUUGAACAAUGUGGCAUUCUUAAGCAGCAAGUCCUAGAGGACAUCGCUCUUCUCAGGGCCACAUGUCUAUGUUCUGGGGGAGUCAUCAUUCCUGGCAAGGUUACCAUCCAUGGUCUCUGUGUGGAGUCGGAAAUGCUACAUGGAGAUAGUGCCGUCAUCAAUGAACGCACACUGGGUUACAACAUUGCCAAGUACAUGAACAAUUAUCAGAUGACUAACCAUGUUGAUAUAGAUCUGGCAACGUUAUCACAUGUCAGGCUCUCGGACCCAUUUGUCUUGAUGAAAUUUGAUCUCAACGAGCAUCUCCAUAAUGAUGAGCCUCCAUCCUUUCUGGAGCAGACACAGGAGGUGAAGGUCACCAUGACAGAUGUAGGACAUCUCACUGCUGUUGUAUACUGGUUUGAAUUUGAACUGGCUGAUGGUUUGAGGUUCACAACACUCGAUGGAACCUCCCAUUGGAAACAAGCUGCUGUAAUGUUAAAAUCUCCUAUUGAAUUUACAAUGGGACAAACAGUGGACUUAAACAUUUCAUUGAAAAACAGUUGUAUCAGUAUCAAAAUUGGUAAACAGUUGAAUGAUACUCCAUGAAUAAAAGAACCGAUAUCAGACACCAUUGUAAAAUAGCCAAUGAAUUGUACAUCACCAAAUACAGUGAAUACAUUUUA